GCAGGUGCAUCUUUGGAAGCACUCGCUAAAGGUGCAGUGCAGUUUUCCCGAAGAUUCACUAUCAGGGAACUGCAAGAACGAUGGCAUGCACUCCUUUAUGACCCAGUUGUUUCUGCAGAUGCUGCGUCUCGCAUGGUGGAUCUUGAACGCUCCAACCCUAAUAUUCUUUCAAAAUUUGGUAGAGCUCGAAAUUCAAAAGAAAAUAAAAGUUCACUUGGAAAAAGGAAUGCUGAAAAAGUUUACAGUGCCUACCAUUCCUUGCGAAAGAAAUUUCGUUUGGAGCCAUUUAGUUCGAUGGAUCUAGCCUUCCUUCUUCCGCCAAAUGACAACCAUUUCAUUGGAAAUGGAAAUGCAACACAUUUAGGACUUGAAGAGUCUCACAUGGAUAUUAUCCACAAGGCUUUUCCUGAAAUUUUGGCAGAUGAGGGCUGUGUGGGGAGAUCUAAUAAUCCAAUUGAGGAUAGUCAUCCUGUUCAGGCAGACAAUUCACAAGGUGAAAUCCCUCAUGUAGUUGCAGGGGAUCUCGCGUUCAUUCAUAAUGCAGGUUCUUCUGGAUAUAAUGCUGUUCACGAGGACUCCAAGAUGAAACUAGAGAUAGCUGAUCAGGAACCGAAGACUGCAAUGCCUAGCGCUGAUUGCUUCCUGGCAGAGCUUUCAAAUUCUCUUGUCAAUGAUGUGGAUCCUUUCAUGGACGUACGAGGUAAAGACAUUGACAAAUCGUAUUAUGAUGGCUUUGGCUCACUUUUGGUAAACGCCACAAAUAAUACGAAACAAGGGGCUUUGCCUAGCUCUAACGAGCAAAAAACAUCUGCUGCACAAAAUAAAUCAGGAGAUGCCAGUCCAGGUGAUCAUGAGACGUCUGAACUGGAUGGUACAACUGUAACAAGCUCAUCUGAGGUUAAACCAGUGUCUGACUCACUUGCGAUAGAUCCUCAUCCUGAGAUAGUUAAUGAUGUUAUAUGCUGUGGAUUAAACACAGAGUACCCGAAAAUUCCUUGUAAUGAUGAUGUAUUCCUAUCCAACAACUGCCAUCCAAU